ACGCAACUCUAAUAUUAUUUUCACCCAUCCGGAGUGGCCUCUGGUUUAGCCGGCGGUGCGAUCUGAUCGAGCGAACACAGCCUCUGUCAUAUGAUUAGUGAAACAUGGCGCUCUGCGGUAUGUUGCAGCGGAUCGCGGUUUGCGCCUCGAUUGUAAUUUUCCUAGGUGUACCUGCACGGUCAGAAAAUGUUCCCGCCUUCCUCUGGAGCUCGGAUAGCCACCUGAACAAGUUUCCCCAAGUGAGCUCCUUUGAGAGCAUUGAGCCAAGCACUUUCUCCAAGUCCAUGGAAGCACUGCUGUCCAGGGAUGACACUCUCGUUGUGGCGUUUGUCCAGGAUGCGCUGAGCAUGGAAGACCUUUCCAAAAACUCUGCAGAUGACAGCACCUACAAGUACCUCAAGUCGGCUUUCGAGAAGAGCCCGGUAGUGGUGCUGCCCUCCGUGGUCGACCCGGUGGACGGCCUGUCUUCGUCGGCCGGCGAGGCCCGGAUGACGCGGGUGUCCGUGGGGGACCCCUCGGACGUGCAGUCAGCCCUCGACGGCCUCCGGGACCGCCACAGGCUGCUGCUGGUGGACCUGCCCGAGACCAGCGGCGGAGACCGGGCGCUGGCACUGCAACGGGCCGACGACAUAAUCAAGGCCACGAUGCAGGCAUUGUCUGUGGACAGGAAGAAGCUCAUUGGCCUCUACACCGGACACAAGGAGGUGGUGGAAGAAUCCCCCGUGCGGGCUUCUCGCUCGCGGCGCCACCUGCUGGCGGCCGCCGGCGCCAGUAACCUGACCAAGGGGGUGCUGGAGGUGAGGUCAGAUUGCCUGCUGCUGUUCGGCGGCCGUGUGAGCGCGUCCUUCGUGCCGGCCACCCCCGCCAAGGCGCCCCGCGAGACGGUCACCUUCAACGACACCCUAUCCACCAAGCCCGUCGUCAGCUGCUCGGCCACUGGUGCCAAUGUCAGCUUUACUUUCCCUGACGUGGGAUCGGUGAAAGGCUUCAAGUUGGAGAUGUCGUUCCAGCGUGAGGGCUCAGGCUUCCAGCUGGAGUCUCUGGCGGGCUUCCUGGCAGGCAGCAAAGCCCUGCCGCUGCAAGUGCGGGACGUCUGGUGGCCUGGCGGCUUCUCUUUUUCCUGCGCCUCCUCCUUCUUCCGCCAGUUCAACGCCAGCAUGCCGCCCCAGCUGCAGGUCACCCUGGACACCUUCCAGGUCGAGCUGUCCCAGAAUGCCACGGCCCGCUUCUCCGAAAGCUACGACUGCGCGUCCUUCUUCACCACGGUGGUCUGGAUGGGCUUCCUGGUGGUGCUGCUGUACCUGUUCAUCCUGGCCGUGGGCAUCUUCUUCCUCUACGACAUCCGCACCAACGACCGCUUCGACGACCCCAAGGAAAAGACCAUCACCGUGUCUGCCACCGACUGAGGCGCCACCACCGCUUGUCUUGCCCCUUCGUAGGAACUACUGGGAGGUCGGUCGCCGUCGUUAGGAACCAAAGGACACCACGAGUCGUGGAACCAAUUUCUGUGUGCAAACUGCCGCCGGGCUAGUCCCGGAACUUUUUAUGUGCCGUUGGGAGUGCGUCGGCACGGAACGAAAUGCAAACGCCGGAAUGCAUGGCCUUCGAUUGGCGCUGCGCUGCCUAGGGGCCAAUGGAGCUGCAGAGGGGAGAGAGGGCUGCAAGGGUGUGCGCUCAUUCCGACGUGCACACCCUCACAGCCUCCUCUCCUGCGGAAUCUGGGUAGCGUAGAGCAUGUCGAAAGCCUCGCGUUCUGGCACGAGUUUCAUUUCAUUUCGUGCCGAUAGUACGUGCGACGACGGCUUUUUCCUCAUUUUAGAAGGGUGGAUUAGUAAUAUGAGUCUGUAAAGUCUUUUUUUUUUUUUUUUAGGAGAGAGUGGAGCGGGAACGAGAAGGUCGUUAGUAAAUGGGAGCCGCUCUUUGUAAAUAUAGAUGCUCCGUCGAACCCAUUUUAGAGGCACUUAGUGAAACAUAAGCCAAUUUUCUUCGCCUUUCAGUUUUUGUGGGACGUACGUGUGGCUUUGGGAUGUUGCAUAGACUUCUCAUUGGUCUUUCAUUGAGCGGUUAAUGCUGAGGCUAGUUCAGAGUUUCAUAUUGUUUUGCUCGCAAGGGCUAGUAACGAUUUUGUUGCCUUGUGCAGACUAUUUACCUCACCUCCCCAAUUUCUGUGUAUAUAUAUAUGCGAGCCAGUCAUUAGUGAUACACGAAGCUCACUUCUGUUGUUUAUAGCAUAAUUUAUUGGAGUAGUUCUUGCAGGCAGUGCUUACGAUCGUGCGACAUUCAGUUAGCAUUGCUCAGACUGUUGCAGCCGUAUUUUAAGCGAUUGUACCAGUGCAGAGGACUGGCAAGAUUACAGAAGCUGCACCUUUUGGUAAGCAUGGGACUGGGCAGUCAAGGUUGUAAAAGUUUCUAUUGUGAGGGAAGUAAAUAUCCAAGGAGCAUGCUGUGCAACAAGUGUGCAUGCCCUAGUCAGGCAGAGCCCACACCAUUAUAUACGGGCUAUAAACCGUAAUCUUUUGGGUCAUGACUGCCGCACCAAUGAAGCUGCAGAGCAUUCCAUGUUGUAGUCUGGUGGGUGUUCCUCGUGGUUUGUUGUUUCUUUGUAUUAAUUUGCGCAUUAAAACUGCUGUGAACAAAG